GCUCUCGCCUCCUCCGGAGGACUAUGGCGCUGCUGUCCCCGCUGCUGCCCCUGUCUCUGCGGCUCUGUGCUCGGUUCGGUUCAGAUGUUGGCGGCUGUGGGUCGGGGCCCGGGGGCGGCCCGCGGAGCGCGGGGCCCGCUGUAGCCGUUAGCCGUUAGCCCUGUGUGUGUUAUGUAAGAGCGGAGCUAACAGGCUAAGCUAACCGCGGCUAACGCGGCAGCUAACGCGGUACCAGCGGAGAGAUGACGGAGCCGCGGGACGCCGCUCCGGACUUUGUCCUCAUGCGGCUCGUGCACGCGGACGAGUACGCGCGCCUGGACGAGCGCGAGGACGGGUUCGUGCCCGUGAAACCCGCGCGGGACUCCGGCGGAACCGGGUCCGGUACCGGUAGCCCGGGAGGCCGCGCCUCAUCCCCGCCCUACAGCUCCCCUCUACCCGGGAAAGGAGAGCCCACGGGCGGCCUGGAGCCUCCGCACAGCCCGCUCCACAGACCCGCCCCUGAGCCCGGACCCGCGGAGGCCCAAAUUAUGGUCCUGCAGAACCUGCUCCGGACCGAACCUGGAACCAGCGCCUCCUCCGCGGCCACAGACUCUGUGGGCUCCUGGCUCCAGGCGUCUCCUCAGAGCUCAGAUCCAAACGGAGCUUUCUCGAUGUGGCCCCCAGCGCUGUUGGACCAGGCCCUAAGACUCGGUCUGCUUGACCCAAGGACCACCCCCAGACUGAUUGUUCCUGAGGGCAGUUCUUCCUCUGGCCCCUGGGAGGCCCUGGGGGGGCAGGACUCUGUCGUCAUGGCACUGGCAAGACGUUUGGGGCAGAUGGGCGAUGCAGCGGGAAACUGCUCCUGCCACAGCUCCACCCACAAUCCCGCCCACAACUCUACCCCCGGGAGGAGCCAACCCGACGGUCUACAUGCGAGUGCCGCCCUGUUGGUGCUGGAGGGGCUGAGGGCGGGGCUAGACUCAGGGGGGGAGGGGCCACAGAGGGGGGAGGGGCUACAGACCACACUGAACCGGAGUCUAGACCGAAUCUCAGAUCAUAGGACGGACCAGGUCUCAGAGCAGGUCCCAGAGCGUGGGUCCAGGUCUCAACCUCAGAGCAGAGCCUCCACGCCCAAACUGUCUGUGGCCUCUGGGGGGCGCUCUCUGUCUCCUCUGCUCCCGGAACUCGACAAACCCUCUUCCAGAUCUCGGGGUAAGUCCAGCAAAGGCUCUCUGAAGCUGCGCCUGUCCAAACUGUUCCGGACCCGGAGCUCUGGAUCUGGAGCAGGACUCACGGACAAACGGCCAAGCCUCACCUCCUCCACCUCCUCUGGGGGAAGUCUACUCGAUGUGUGGGGGUCCGGCUCCAGCACCCACGACCAGGACCCAGCCAGGUUGCAGGUGUCCAGACCCCUCAGUGCCUUCUCCCCGGUGCCGUUCACUCCUGCCUUCACCGGUGAGACGGUGUCCCUGGUUGACGUGGACAUUUCUCGGAGGAGCGCUCUUCAUCCUCCCACUCCUCCUCCUCCUCCUCGCCGCAGCCUCAGUCUCCUCGAUGACUUCGCAGUCCCGCCUCCUCAGAGCUCCUUCCUGGAACGUGGAGGGGGCGUGUCCAUGCAGUCCUUACCUCCCCGGAGCCUGGUGCUGCCCCCUGCUGUUGGUUCCAUGCAGCACAGCCUCAGCCUCAACGACGCGUUUCUUCGAGGUUUGCCCCGCCCCAUUCCUCUGCGCACUGACACACGCCCACCGCCAAGACCCUCCCCCCGCUGCCCCCUUAGCCAAUCAUACGCCACGGCCCGCUGCCUGCUCAGCCAAUCAGACGCCAACAGCUUCGCCACCAGUCUCAGAGAACUGGAAAAGUGUGGUUGGUACUGGGGUCCGAUGACCUGGGAGGACGCGGAGGCGAAGUUAAAGGAGAAGCCGGACGGGUCGUUUCUGGUCAGAGACAGUUCUGACCCGAGAUACAUCCUGAGUCUGAGCUUUAGGUCCCAGAACAUCACACACCACACCAGGAUGGAGCACUACAGAGGGACGUUCAGCCUGUGGUGUCACCCUAAGUUUGAGGACCGUUGUCACUCUGUGGUGGAGUUUAUCGAGAGAGCCAUCGCUCACUCCAAAAACGGAAAGUUCCUGUACUUCCUGCGCUCCAGAGUCCCAGGCCUCCCUCCCACCCCGGUGCAGCUCCUGUAUCCUGUCUCCAGGUUCAGUUCAGUGAAAACUCUGCAGCAUCUGUGUCGCUUCUGCAUCAGACAAACUGUGAGGAUCGACCACAUCCAGGAGCUGCCCCUGCCCACGCCUCUGAUUUUGUAUCUGAGGAAGUUCUACUACUACGACGCAGAAGAGGAGGUGAAGGAGCAGGGCCGGACGUAGCAGCUGAGUUUUUCAGAUUGUCCUCAUUGUGGAUCGUCUGAAUCGGCCAAUCAGCUCACAGAGACAAGGACCCGCCUCCAACCUGCAGCCAGUCCGCUCGCCCCGCUUGGCCUCGUCCAAUCAGCGGCUCUCAGAUGAUCCGUCCUCCCAACGAGCUCUGUGAUUGGCUGGUCGACCCAGAGGGGGAGGGGCUACGGGGAUGUGGAGACCGCACUUUUUGAUGAUGUCAUCGCUGGGACGAUUUUUAAAAACUCAAAACUGGACUCAAGUUACCUCCGGGACCAGGACCGAGUCUGCAAGAGCAAGUUACUGAUGUUUCCAGAGAGAUGAACAAUUAUGGAUGUUGAACCAGGACUGAACCAGGACUAAACCGGGGACUAAACCUGGAUUAAACUAGUACUAAACUAGGUCCAACCCAAGUCUAAACCAGAUAUAAAUCAGGAGUAAACCAGGUUUUCACUUGGUCUAAUCCAGGACUAAACCAGGUCUAAACUAGGUCUAAACCUGGACUAAAUCAGGUCUUGAUCAGAGUAUCACAGACUCUGUCAUCACUGCAAAUACUACUACUACUACUACUACUACUAGUAGUACUGGUACUAAAACUGCUAUUACUACUGUUACUGUUUCUUCCACAUCUCCUGCUACCUGGACGACUUCUCCUGGUACUUCUCCUGGUACUUCUCCUGGUACCUCUCCUGGUACUUCUCGUGUUGGUUUGAAGUUGAUGAAAACUGUUUCUGAAAAAGCACUUUUCUUCUCAUUAUUUAAAUAUUUCUUAUAAUUUUAUUUUGAAAAGAACCACGUUUUUUUGUUGUCAUGGUGAUAGACGCGAGUUUGCACUUUUAUUUUGUGGCAGCUGUUUGUGUUCAAAUGUUUUAAUAAUUAUCGCGUUUUUCUGAAGGCUCAAGGCUCCGGAGGUGACAAAAAUAAAGACCAAAAACUACGUUUCUAUCAAACAGAACUAAGAUGGCGGAUGUAACACAGGACCCAGGAUCGGGACUAAACCAUGUCUAGAAUCUGGACCUGGAUUGAACUGGGACUAAACACAAACUCUUGAAAGACGCUAAGGAUUGUGGGAUUUUUAGGAAGAUUAUGUCACGCAGAUUUCUGUGAAAAAUG